AUGUUUUCUUGCUCCAUACGAUUUAUUUUACUUCUUAUUGUCUGUGCUGCAGUUUCUCAUGCAUAUCCGCGGUUAAUGGAAGGAAGGAAACUGCUAACAGCACAUGAUACAAUGCCUCAUCAUGUUCAAGCUGGCGAAACAUAUGAUUAUUUUAAUUUAGCUGAUGCAAAUGAUAACGAUCUAAUUGCUAGCGGUUUUCCAACAUGGCUACUACGAUCACGUAAAUUCUGCUGUGCACCACCAUUGUAA